CCACCGCCCACAGCCCACCACCGCCCACAGCCCACAGCCCACCCCAAUCCACCGCUUUAAAGAGCUCCUCUUCCCCCGUUCUUCUCCACCAAAGUACCUUCAUCAUCGCAUCAUAAUCCACCCUCUCAACCACACCAAACACUACAAUCCACAUCACAAAUAUCGCAAUGGACGUUUACUACUACUUUAACUACAUGUCCGCGGGAUGGAUGGUGCUUGAGGCAAUUCCGUUGAUCUUCUCGCCCACGGUGAUCAUCACCCUUCUCUCGCCCGAUGUCCGCGAGUCCACCGCGCUGGAGGAGUACCUCUCGCGCUCACUAGGGAUCACCCUCAUCGCCUUCGCGAUUCUAAACCUACUCCUAACCGGCAGUGUGCCGCUGACGUCCGCCCUCUCCGAGCCUGCAGCGCACGGCACCUCCACUGAACUCGCCGACCCAACAGCUCCCUACGCCGUCCCUUCGCUGACGAUAACACUCACGUACCACUGCGCCGUCGCCUUCUACUGCUACACCAUGUACACAGCUGGCCACGCAUUUACCUACAUCAUUGCUGUUGUUGCGCACGCGCUGUUUGCGGCUGUUGGUGGUUGGGUCAUGCUCUUUGGUGCGAGCAACGGUCACAUCUCCCGCAAGACUGGCGCCGACAAGAGGACGUCCGGCUUCCCGUUUAAGAACGUCGAGGCCGACAAGAAGAACGCGAUGAAGAAGUUGUAAGCACGCAGGCUGCCAGGAAUGGAUGGGGGAAUUGGCGCAUGAUAAAUUUGUUUGAUUUCUCAUUUGUUUCAUUUACGAUGGGGUUUCAGGUUGUGGGUUUCAUGCACUGGGGUUGUAUCAUAGGCGAUUACAACGAUUGACCGUUCCACAUCGG